CUCUUCUACUUCCGCUGUACUUCCGGGUGUGCACAAAGUGCAGUCCGCUGGUCCUGCGAGUGUGGACGAUUGUAAUAUUUACAAAAUGAAGAUUACCACCUGGAAUAUAAAUGGUAUACGGACAUUCAGAUGUGGAAUUAAGAAGACCCUUGAUGCACUGGGUGCGGAUAUUAUAUGUGUCCAGGAGACCAAAGUAACAAGAGACCUGCUCGAUGAAAGAAGUGCUAUCGUAGACGGCUACAACUCCUAUUUCAGCUUCAGUCGAGGACGCAGCGGCUACUCAGGGGUCGCCACAUACUGUAAAGACAGUGCUACACCAUUUGCUGCUGAGGAGGGGCUCACCGGUCUGCUGACCAAUCAUGAGGGUGCCGUUGGUUGCUACGGUAACCACUCUGCCUUCACUGAUGAGGAGCUGCAGCUUUUAGACAACGAAGGACGAGCCAUCAUCACACAACACAAAGUCAAGUGUUCAGAUAGCAUACAAACGGUGACUGUUAUAAAUGUUUACUGUCCCCGUGCCGACCCGGAAAAGCCAGAGAGAAAACAGUUUAAACUUCAGUUCUACAAGCUGCUACAGAGUCGAGCUGAGACUUUACUGAAAAAGGGGAGCCAUGUCAUUGUUUUAGGGGAUGUAAACACAUCUCAUCGCCCAAUUGACCACUGUGACCCCAGUGAAAUUGAUGACUUUGAGGACAACCCUGGGAGGAAGUGGCUUAACAGCUUUUUAAGGGAUGAAAAAGUGUCCGAGUCAACACCAGAGUUUCUCCAAGAUGGACAGUUUGUCGACACCUUUCGUUUUUUCCACCCAACCCGCACCGGCGCUUUCACAUGCUGGUCCACUCUCACGGGGGCACGCCAGACCAACUACGGCACACGCAUUGACUACAUCUUUGCGAAUGAUCAGCUAGCAAAGGAGCAGUUCGCUGAAGUCGACAUCAUGCCGGAGGUGGAGGGUUCGGACCACUGCCCCGUAUGGGGGGCACUCAGGUGCUCCCUGCUGCCCAGCUCCAAGCCUCCCCCUCUUUCUACCUGCUACCUGCCUGAGUUUGCAGGAAAACAGCAGAAACUCUCACGCUUUCUUGUUAAAGUGGAGCAAAAGCCAAGGGAUCCAUUACCUGGAUCUCAAGAUGAAGGGGAACGGAGGGAGAACAUUAACACACUUGAUACAAAACGAAUACUGAACAUAGAUUCUGCUGUGCAGAAGAGCAAAAAGGCCAAAACAGUUAAGACUUCUUCAAAGCAGCAAGGGAAUCUUCUUGCCUUUUUUAAACCAAAAAAUGAAAAACAUCUGGGCCUGAGUGAAGUUGGCGCCCAACAAAAGUCCUCAAAAGCACCCCCAAAUCAGGAUGGCCUAUUGAAACAAGACGGCUCUGGGCUUGUGCAGGAGGUUUCGUCACAGAUUCACAGCUCCACCCAAGACGAACAGCAGCGGACACAAACAUCUAACCCACAUGGCAGCAAAGGAGCCUCAUUAGUGUUCUGGAAGUCGGUCCUUCACGGGCCACCCCCGCCACCCGCCUGCAAGGUUCAUGGUGAGCCCUGUGUGCUGCGUACUGUUAAGAAGGAAGGACCAAACAUGGGCCGACAGUUCUUUGUGUGCGCCCGCCCUCAGGGGCACUCCACCAAUAAGGAGGCUCGGUGUAAUUUCUUUGCGUGGGUUGACAGGGGGAAGUGACAUGUCAUUUUUCUGCUCUGAAAAAGACUCCACUUACCAAACGGCCCAACAUUUCUGUACUCUGAGCUUUUCCAACCUUUUUUUUUUUAACACUUAUUAAUUGUAUUAGUCUAAAUAAAAGUGUUUUAUUCUACAA